AAUUCAAAAACUUUGAGCAGAGAUACUCCCUACGCUAUAUUCAAAUUCACUGCUAAACCGGUAUCUUGGUUGUACUAGUGUGUGCAAGGAGACAUGGAUUUUCUAUAUCUCGACUAGCUGGAUGCAAUCGUAUCCAUUGUUAAGCGACAAAGUUGGUUCAAGAAUCAGGGACGACUUGUAUGGUCGUCUCUGUCUCUCUGCCGUGUUGGACGGAGAUUACUCACUACUAUAGUCCAUCCCCGUGGGAACGAACAUGGAUUGAGCUCCUCUUUGCGCACGCCGGAAAUACCCCGAUGGAUCGCCGUCUCAUCCUGUCCGUCGCCGUCGCCGUCGCGCUGCUCGCGCCCCGCGCUGCCGGCGAGCCAUGGCCGGUGUGCGGGCAGGACUUCGGCACCUUCACGCCCAAGAGCAGGUUCUUCGCCAACCUCCAGCUCAUCGCCGCCACGCUCCCCGGUAACGCCUCGUCGUCGCCGGACCUCUACGCCACCGCCGUGGACGUUGGCGCCGUCCCGGAGCAGGUCACCGCCGCCGCGCUCUGCCGCGGCGACGUCAGCGCCAGCUCCUGCCUCGGCUGCCUCACCCAGGCCUUCGCCGACCUGCCCAACGCGUGCGGCAACUCCAGGGAGGCCGCCACCUACUACGACCGGUGCAUGGUCAGCUACUCCGCCAUCAACUUCCUCUCCGGCGGCGCCGGCGGCGAAGACCCGGCGAGGAUCGACGCGUACACGGUGAACAACGAGAACAAGGUCACGUCGGAGCAGGGGCGGUACAACCGCCUCGUGGCGGCGCUCGUCAACGCCACCGCCGACUACGCGGCGUACAACUCGACGCGGCGGUACGCGGCCGGCGAGGCCGACUUCGACGCGGCGCUCCCCAAGGUGUACAGCCUGGCGCAGUGCACGCCGGACCUGUCGCCGGCGAGGUGCCGGAGCUGCCUCGCCAAGAUCGUGGCGCAGGAGCUUUGGUCGUACAAGGACGACAUCGGAGGGAGGACCCUCUCCGUCAGGUGCAGCUUCCGGAUCGAGACCAAGCCUUUCCUCAAUGGCACGACGAUGGUGCGGCUACCGGCGACAUCGGCGCCGUCUCCGGCGCCGCCGGUCAACGCGACGCCUUCAGCGGCCACGCCGGGACGAGAGACAAAGUACAAGGUUCCGCGCCUGGUUCUUAUAAUACUGCUCCCUAUAAUAGCAGCCGUAAACCUUGUCGUUUGCUUCUGUGUCUGGAGGAGGAAGCGUCCAGUAAUAACAAAAGCAAAGCAGACAAAUGCCAACUAUUACGCUGAAGCAGAUGACGUUGACAGCGUAGACUCCAUGCUCAUGGACAUUUCUACUCUGCGAGCUGCAACUGGGGAUUUUGCAGAGAGCAACAAGCUUGGUGAAGGUGGAUUUGGAGCGGUGUACAAGGGUGUUCUUCCAGACGGCAACGAAAUCGCAGUGAAGAGGCUGUCAAAGAGCUCAACACAGGGAGUUCAAGAGCUGAAGAAUGAGCUUGCUCUGGUCGCCAAGCUGAGGCACAAGAACCUCGUAAGCUUUGUAGGCGUCUGCCUGGAUCAACACGAGAGGCUGCUUGUCUACGAGUUCGUUCCUAACCGGAGCCUUGACCUGAUCCUCUUUGACACUGAGAAACGCGAGAAGCUUGACUGGGAAAAGAGGUACAGGAUCAUAAACGGCGUCGCUCGAGGCCUGCAAUACCUCCACGAAGACUCUCAGCUCAAGGUAGUCCACCGUGAUCUGAAGGCGAGCAACAUCUUGCUAGACGCGAACAUGAACCCCAAGAUCUCAAACUUUGGCCUCGCGAGAAUUUUCGGUCAAGAUCAGACCCAGGCUGUCACGAACCGUGUCGUCGACACAUAUGGGUACAUGGCACCUGAGUACAUGAUGCGUGGCAACUACUCCGUCAAGUCAGACGCGUUCAGCUUCGGCGUCAUGGUGCUGGAGAUCGUGACGGGAAGGAAGAACAACGACUUCUACAACAACUCUCACCAAUCUGAAGAUCUCCUGAACACGAUAUGGGAGCGUUGGAUGGCCGGAACCGUGGAUGAGAUGGUAGACCCGGCCAUGAGCAGGUACGUCUCGGCGAGCGACGUGCGGAAGUGCGUCCACGUAGCGCUCCUGUGCGUGCAGGAAAACCCCGCGGAUCGGCCGGUGAUGUCGUCGGUGGUGAUGAUGCUCGACAGCGAGACGGUCUCCCUCCAGGUGCCCUCCAAGCCGGCGUUCUUCGCCAGGAACGGCGGCGCUAAACCCGGCGUCGCGUCCGACGAGUCGACCGCGUCAGUGUAGAACCUGUCAUAGAGAGAGCUUCGAUCGGUCCAGGAUAUGGAACUUCUUGCGCUGCUGAUUAGUGGCUCCCACUCUGAAAGGAGGAUUGUGCUACUGUACGGACAAUGUAAGAAUCAUGAAAAGUUUGCACAAUUUUUGUACAAGCCCACGUGCAUUACAUGGAGCAUCGGAAUGAAGGAAUAAGUACAUUUGAGGUUACUUAAUUUGUCAAUGAAUUCGAUUUUCAUCCUUCAA